AUGAAGAGGUGGGCAAACAAUGGAGUGGAGAAAGGGGAGAGGAGAGGAAUGGGAAUGGGGUGCCACUGCCUCCAUAAACCAGCCGUUCCAGCAAACCGUCACAAUAUCCGAGCAGCCCGAAAGACUACGAAAGUGACGAAGGAAGGGCCUGUCACCAAGGGGAAGGGAGGAGGGGGCGGGGGCGUAGGGAAGGGCCCCCGCCACCUCCACCCGCGAGGCCCCAGGGUGCGCCAACUGAGGGGCAAAGGCAAGGCCAAAGAGGCCGGCGAUGCCGUGGACCACGCCGACAUCUGGACGGCCCGGAUUCCUACCGCCAAACGGCUCCACUCCCUGCAACCCCUUCAAGCAACGACAGACGGACAAGUCAGCAUUGACGAAGUGGAGGCUGAGGAGGUAGAUACAGCAGCGGAGUUUCCGUGCCCCCAUUGCCAUGAAGAGAUGGACGCCUCGGCCUUGUGUGCUCACCUGGAGGACGAGCACCCCUUCACCUCCAGAGCUGCUGCUACCUGCCCAGUUUGUGCUGCCAAAGUUGUGAAGGACUUGGUAGGGCACAUUUCGACACAACAUGGCCACUAUUUAAAGAUGCACCGUUGGAGGAAAUUCAAAUCCGCUGGAGCAACUCCCAAUGCCACGCUGUCCCUGCUUGGCAAGGUGCUCCACAAGGCCUACACGGGGAACCUUCUGGAAGGCACCUCCCUUGCGGGCAGUCUGCUUACCACGGAUGUGCUCGUUCCCCACCUCGGGAACAGCGUGCCCAUCACCGUCCUCAUGGCUGCUACGAAUGUAGAUGAAAGUAGGGCAGCGCCGAAACAUCCACAUCCGUCCUUGAGCCAACAACUCAAGCUCAACGUUGUUGUACCACUUUCUGAGGAAGAGCGUCAAGAAAAACAAAAGCAAGCUGAGCUCCGUGCAAAGUUUGUACAAGAGUUGCUGUUGUCAACACUAGAAUCUAAGAAAUGAAAAUGAAAAAAAAGAAGAAAAUAAGUGAAGAAUAGUUGCUCUAUUCAUUGCAAAAACUUUGCCAUUCUAUAAAUAGAAAGAAAGGAAGAAAAUUUGCAGUUCAUGGGUGUAAUUGCUUAUUCAAGUGAAUAUUGAAUUUUACCUUGUGUAUGACAGAUAACAAUACCAUCAAUAGAAGAAAAAAGGAGCAGUGUCCACAAUACUCCAAUAUAACCCAACAUGUCAGAUUUUUUACCUCCUUACUGAAAGUUGCUGUAAAACGUUUGUUUCUACUUAAAUGACCUCAAAUAAUAUGUGUAUGAUUUCAAUCACAAGAAACAAUAAGCAAUUGAAUCAGAAUACACAUAAACAUACAUGCAUACCUGAAAUUUUCAGUAGAUUGUUUUGGUAUAACAAUACAUUAGAAGAUAAAAGUGGCAUGUGUGACCAAGUUUUAAAUUGGACAAAAAACUUAUUUAUUUAUUUAUAUUUAUAUUUAUGUAAAAAAUGAAGGAAAGUACAAAAAAUAUAAACAAAACACCGAGGUAACAAUUAAACCAAGUGAACAAAAGACGUGAAAUAUGUUUAAAGAGAUUCUGUUUUUAAAUCGAGAUUUACAAUGUCGAGUAUACAAGGAGAAGCUUUAAUUUACUUUGCAACACACACAGACACCAAAAAUUGAACACACAAUGAGAGAAGUGAAAUGAUGCAGUGUGGAAUUUUGUGAGUGCCAUGAAAUUUAAAAUAUUAUCCACAUGAAUGAGUUGAUGAUCUGCUUAGCAGUGUGAGAGUAAAGCCAGGAAAUCAGUGGAAUUGUAUUUGAUACUGAAGUUUUCUGUACGUGCAGUUGUGGUAAUAAUGCUCUUUUAAAGAUAAAUGAAUUGGUUUUUGGUCAUUACAUAAUUUGAUGCUGUUCAUAGUUUUAUUGUACUUUGAUAUUUUAACAAAUAACUUGCUAAUAUAGGUACAGUAAUAGAUACAAUUGUCAAGGUUGUUCAAGGGUGUGGUAAGAAAAAUCCUCAUCACUUUUUACACAAGGAAAACAGAUUUGAUAUAAAUAUUUACUGUGUAGAAAUGAAAUCAUUGGACACAGCACUAGCAUUGAAUAAUAAUAAUCAUCUUCAAAGGAUGAAAUUGUAUAUGUAUGUAUAUAUAUAUAUAUAUAUAUAUAUAUAAUUGAUUGA